AUGCAAGAUGAUUGGAAAAUUGAUAAUAUUUGUAGGGAUAAUUAUCUGGUUGGUUCUUGCAAUGGGCUUGUAUGCAUGUUUACUUCCGAUUUUAAACUUUGUGUACUCAAUCCCUGUACUAAAGAGCUGAUUACCCUGGAAAACAUGGACUUUCCUGUCUUUCAAAAAUAUUGGAUGCUACAUAGGAUUCCAUAUCUUAAUGGUUUUGGUUAUGAUCCAUCCUCGGAUGAUUACAAGGUUCUUGUAAGUCAACCUUUGAGGAAUUUGAUACGCUUAUACUUGUUAUCUUUGAACUCAAAUGUUUGUAAAGUCGUUGGAGACUUCCACAUUACUAUUGCUUAUAACUCUGCUGGUAUCUUAUGUAAUGGGGCACUUUACUGGCUUAUGGCUGAUCAAAACAUGAAUCCAGUACAACACAUACUUUCUUUUCAUUUAUCUAAAGAUGAAUUCAAAGAAAUUCCCAUUCCAGCUGAUCACAAAUGCAAGGUUACUGAUCGUACCCGGCUGGGGAUUGUUGAAGAAUGUUUGUGUAUAUUUGAUGAAUCCUCAUGUGACCAACCCAAAUGGGCAAUGAAAAACUACAAUGAUACACAAUCUUGA